AUGUCUGGUAUCGAGGCCGCUUCUAUGCUGGAUCUCGGGCAGCGGCACUUUUGGGAGUAUCGCUUCCGGCUACGCCUGCAGUGCCAGUUCUUCCUAAGUGAUUUCAUCAUCUCGCGCCUGCAGGACGGGGCCCGGGAUUCGGCGACUACGAGACGCAACAUUCCGGUGAGCCUCGGCGGGGCCCGCGACCACUGGGUGGUCGAAGGUCAUGUGAGCGCUGCCCCAGCCUAUCGCCACCGCAGUCGCUGCCCGGCGAGGCUCCGCUGGGACCGCACGCUGUUGUCCAGGUGUCUCCAGGCUGUGCAGAUCUAUGAUCGGUACCCAGAGUCAACUCGUAUCACGGCUGAAAUUCAGAUCGCGCUGUCGUUUCGGUCAGAGCUCGAUACUUUGAUUCAGGCUCGCCAGCUGCACCAACCGUGGGCAGAGGCGCUGCUGGAGAUGACAGGGGACCACCAUGUCACGCUGUUGUGGCAGGAACUGCACGACGGGACGUGUUACCUUCUCAGGGACCACAACACAGGGGAGAUCGUUCGUCGCCUGGUUGUUCGCAAGGGCGUCCGGCAGGGCUCGACUGAGGGCCCCACGCUCUUUAUCGUCCUCUACGAUUUCAUCACAGGUAAGGUGUUUCAGGACUGUAAGGAGGAAGGGUACCGGGGUCUGACCGUCUCGUUCGACGCUUCCUUGGGGGUGGUUCGCGGAGAGGGCGACUUCGACACCGAGUCCGCCGACCUCGUCGAGUUUAACUUGUCGCACGCCGCGUUCAUCGAUGAUUUGUUGACGUUCGAACUCUUCGACGACGACUCGGAGGUCCCUGGAUUCCUUUCGUUUUUGUACGACACGAUCGAAAAGCACCAACUCAAGGUGAACGUGGGGAAAACGGAGCUUUUGGUUUUACCGAUUGGGUCAGGCAUGGCUACCACGACCAAAAAGAUCAAGAAGAAAAAGAUUAGGUUCGAUGUCCGGGGGUCGUCGUUACCUGCUUUGCUUAGCGUCAAGUACCUUGGGGUCCAGGUGAGCAUGACCGGCACCGCGAAAAUUGAGUUGGAUUCCAGGCUUAAGAAGGCGAACGCUGCUUAUGCCAGGCUUGCUGCUAGACCGUUUAAGAAAUCGUACUUGACCUUGAGGGUGAAAGUCAGGCUCUGGACGGCUCUGGUCCGAUCGAUUGCUCUGUACGCGGCUGAGGCGGCGGUCCACACGGUCACAGACGAGCGGAGGCUGGAAAGGUGGCAAACCAAGCAGUUGCGAUCCCUAGCCAAGCUCCCUGCCCACAUCAGCCGGAUUCGCAACGGAGCUGUUCGCAAGAGAUGCCGUGUUUGGUCUGUGGCCUCUGAGCUGUGUAAGCGACGUUUGUUGCGGUGGCAGCACAUCGUCAAGCCAGCCUUCGUUCCGGAUGAACCACGCUGGUGGGAGCCUGAUGCUUCUGAACACUAUGACCCCACGUACGCUGUGCGCGCAGUCAUGUUUGGGCGAUUUUCGUUCGAGAGCUCCCAGCAGACCAUGGAAUCGGACAGGUAUGCCAGGCUUCGUAGAGACCUGGAGGUGCUCUGGCUCUCCUUCAACGCGGAAGAGAGAAGACGCAUGCAUGAGGAGUUCACGCUGAGCCAGGAACCUACCAUCACAUCCCAGUGGCUCCGGUGGCUGGCCAACCUCCCUCGUGCUGCCUUCGGCCAGGUAUUGUCUUUCGAUUCACCGCAUGACCCGGCUGACGGCGACGGUGGCCAGGAUGUGGCCAUGCAGAUUCGAUGUGAGCAUUGUGGCACCUGCUCCUCCCACAGCCUGCCAAUGUUCGAUCCGGUGGGCUCGAGCGCCGCCAAGCGGGACGCGGACGCCAUGGACAGGGACGAGGACGAGGCAGAGGACGGCAAGCGCGUGGUCACCAAGGGGAAGAUGCUGUCCUCGGAGAGCAAGCUGAUCAAAUGCAUGGCCAAGCUCCUGCUCCAGCACGAAGACCUUCACUGCGCCACGGCGAGGGACCAGAACCUCGUCCUGAUCACGCCGUCGGAGAGCCCCUUGGACAAGGCGCUGGGGCAGUCCGUCGAGGCGUACGGCAAAGCCGGCACCCAGGCCAAGAAGCACGCCAAGGGCUCCUCCACCGAGUACAGGGGGAACCCGGAGGGGAAGAAACCGGACGCCUUCCUUCGGUUCUUGUUGUUCCGGACGUCCGAGACCUUGACCGAGCCGGUGUGCCAGAAGCUGUUGGAAGCGUGCCCGGAGACGGGCCGGAAGGAGCUCACCUCGGUGCUAGAGAAGAUCAAGCUCUUCGGCGAACAGGCGAAGGUGAAGGGCUCUGUUCAGGCGACCCGCUGCUUCUACGUCAGCUCGCAGCUCGAGGAUGGCACGGCCGUGACCAAGUGGAUCUUCAACACCCAGACGAAGAUCGAGGUCAUGAACACUUUCGCGAAGCUCCUGGAGAUCCCAGGCAUGGCAAAGAUCGCCGGGUGGUACAUCGAGAGGGACCACGCCCCUCGGGCUGGCGCCGCCAAAGAGUUGGAGGCGGAAGUCUUCCAGCGCAACAAGGGGAAGAAGGGCAAGUCGCGGGCCGGCCUGCCGACAGAGGCGCCCGACCCGAACGCCUCCCGCGCUGGGCCUGGCGGAGCCCGGGAGGAGGGCGCCGUGACCGUGGCGACGUUGCUGCGCAGGCUUUCCGGCUUUGACGCCGAGGAGGACGAGGAGCAGCGCUGCCCCCUCGGCUACGAGAGGGUCAUCGGCCACAUCGAGGGGGGCGACCAGUGGUCCGGGACGCACAGGUCGACGGCCGAGUCCAUCGACGCAUGCGCUCUGAGAUGCUCUAGAAC